CGCCGGGGGGAGGACGGAGCGCGGAGCAUGGCAGCGCUGGCGGCCGCCUCCCCUGGUGCAGAUGAGUGCCUGGAGGAGGACGAGGACGAGCUGGAGCCGGGGCUGGACGAGGCCGAGGCCGAGCCGGAGCCUGAGAGCGGGGCGAAGGCGGCGGGGGGCUCCCGGGGGGCCGUGCUCACACGCCGCGGCAUCACCCUGCGCGUGCUGCUCCGCGACGGGCUCCUGGAGCCGGCCCGCGGCGUCCUCUCCAUCUAUUAUCUGGGCAAGAAGUUCGUGGGGGACCUGGGUGCGGACGGCACCAUCACGUGGCAGGAGACGGGCCAGGUCUUCAACUCGCCCAGCGCCUGGGCCACCCACUGCAAGCGCCUGGUGAACCCCGCCAAGAAGUCGGGCUGCGGCUGGGCCUCCGUGCGCUACAAGGGCCAGAAGCUGGACCAGUACAAAGCCGCCUGGCUGCGCAAGCACCAGCCCAACACCCCCGCCGCCGAAGAGAGCUUGGCCAGCGAGGGCGAGGAGGACGAGCUGCCUGAGGAGGAGGAGGAGGAGGCGGUGAGGGAAGGCCGGGCGCCCGCGCCGGAGCCGGCUGCCGCCAAGAGGCCGGAGGAGAGGAGCAAGAAGCAGCAGUGCCGGAGCCUGGCGGAGCAGGCGGGGAUGGAUCAUGGCGCCCCGGGGAAAAGGCCAGAGAACAAACCCCGGGUGCCCGUCCGCUACUGCACCCUGGGCACCCGUGACACGGCCAGGAACCCCCAGACCCUGGUGGAAGUGACGCCCUUCGCCGCCAUCAACAAGUUCCAGCCCUUCAACGUGGCCAUUUCCAGCAACGUCCUCCUGCUCCUGGAUUUCCACAGCCACCUGACGCGGAGCGAAGUGGUGGGGUACCUGGGGGGCCGGUGGGACACCAACACGCAGCGUAGGCGCCAGGGCGGGCGGGUGGGCGGCCCCCAGCCCAGGGCAGAGCCACCCACCCUGCGCCUCCCCGCAGUGCUGACGGUGCUGCGAGCCUUCCCCUGCCGGAGCCGCUUGGGCGACGCUGAGGCUGCGGGCGCCGUGGAGGAGGAGAUCUGCCAGAGCCUGUUCCUGCGGGGGCUGUCGCUGGUGGGCUGGUACCACAGCCACCCCUUCGGCCCCGCGCUGCCCUCCCUGCACGACAUCGACGCGCAGAUGGACUACCAGCUCAAGCUGCAGGGCAGCGGCAACGGCUUCCAGCCCUGCCUGGCCCUCAUCUGCGGGCCGUACUAUCACGGCAACCCCGGCGUGGAGUCCAAAAUCGCACCCUUCUGGGUGAUGCCGCCCCCGGAGCAACGUCCCAAUGACUACGGCAUCCCCAUGGAGGUGGAGGUGGCCUACAUCCAGGACGGCUUCCUCACCAACGACGUCCUGCAGGAGAUGACGCUGCUGGUGGAGUUUUACAAGGGCGCCCCCGACCUGGUGAAGUUCCAGGAGCUGUGGAGUCAGGACCAGACCUACCUGGACAAACUGAAGGGCUCCCUGGCCUCCCGCACCCCCAAAGACCAGAGCUUCGCCCACGUCCUGGAGCAGAUCUACAGCCUCCUGAAGCUCAGCGGCUGAGGAGCCGGGAGCCCCGUCCGGCUCAGACCUUCCCUGCAGCCAGAGCUGCCCUCGGCAAAGGGCUCCAGGCGCAGGGCAGCGCCGCGGGGCCGCCGUGUCGCCCGCUGCCUCCAGGCACCCAGCAGAGGGGUGCUGAGCCCCUGCCGUGCCCCGGAGCAGCCCCCUGGGGAGUGGUGCGGCCGGGCCCGGCGGUGGCGGGGAGGGUGACGGUGGUGGUGGGAGUCUCGCCUGCACGUUGUUUGUGGAAGUGGUAGUUGAUUAAAGAGCAGUUCCUGAGACGGGGCGGGCGUGCGGCUCCGCCGGGCUGAGGGCAUCCUGCUAAGCAUCAAGGGGUGGUGCUGGUGGCUUUGCAGGCUCCGGGUGCCAGCAGGGUGC